CGAGUGCCAGAUCAGUAAACAUAUACACGUACUUGUGCACAGACCCCCACAUCACGACUGUGUGUUGAUGCAGCUGGAGCCAGAGAGAGCGCUAUGGUGAAUGGCUGUUAAUCUGUAGACGCAGAAAAUCUUAGUGAAGUAGAAUAGCGACGUAGAAUAGUGUAAAAGAAAGUUGGAAUAUUAGUUUAAUGAAGAAACGGAAUGAGUGACGUUAUGUUUGACGACAUAGAAAGCAGCUGGGAGGAUUUACCAGACAUCCUUUUGGAGGACAUCUUUGUUUUGUUGGAGCCUCGGCAUAGACACGAGGCUUCGCAGGUCUGCAUCCGCUGGUACGAGACGUUUUAUGCCCCAAGAGUCUGGGAACAUUUCACACUCAAAGGAAACUUCCUGAAGAAAAGAAGGUACUACGCUCACAAAGGGUACCAACGAGAAACGUGUCCCAGGAAGACUCAAAUCUGUCUCCACCAAGUGGGAUACCUCUUCAAAAAAAUUACUAUCACGCCGAUUCACGACUUUCAGCAUGUGUACGAGUUUAUUCGCAUUCUUCGCGCAUAUUUGGGGUACUUUGAUGAAUUUCCAAUGCCACUACUGCGUACUUUUCAUUUUACUUUCACGUGCGAGACGCGCGGCAUUACGGGUGUAAUUCUUCACGGAACAGGCGGGAAGAUGAUGGAGGAAUUGCGGCAUCUUCUUCGAAACAUGAAAUUGUUGAAAGAUUUGAAACUUAACAACCUUAUGUUAGAUGAUGCUGAGGUGGAAGGGUUGUUUGAAGCAAUCGCUUACAAUUGUAGCGACACAUUGGAGACCAUGGAAAUUCUUAAUUUUACAAAGGAUCCGUACCCUAUUCUGGACAUUACGCUGUUCAACAACAUUCACACACUCAGAACAAGUCCGCAACACCUUGACGAUGAGGUCAUUAUUAUUCUUGCGUCAUCAAGUGUCUCCAAUCUUCACAUCAUUCAAGGACGCUACACAUGUAAUACCGAUUCCGUGUCAGAUGACGCGUGGCGUCUUGUCAAACAAAUGGCGCCAUAUUUUCGCGUCACUUUGGAAGUUCGAGGGCACACAAAGACACCUUUGAUUCUUCAACCUCACGCGCCAGUAAACCGCAUCGUUUACGAUUCGCCAAAUUUGAAAUUUCCCCACGAGACUGCCGUUUGGAUAGUACAUUAUUACCACGACACUCUUGAAUACUUCGCACAAAAGCGACUUCCGCGCACGCACGGUCCUCGCACUUUCCACGACCGCGGCGAUGCUGCGUUUCUGAUGUUAGCCAGAAGUUGUCCAAAACUACAUACACUUAUCAUCAGCGAGAGAAUAUCCACAGCAACGGCCAUUUUGAUCGCAAAGAGUAAACCAUCACUUGAAAAGUUUAUUGUUCGUCAAAAUGGACUGCUUAAAAGAUGCGACGGUCCGAAAUCGGACAACAGUUUCAGUAAUGCGGAAACAAAAAGGAUCUCGCGGUCUUAUGAAACAACCAGUGAGGAAAUUUCUAAAACCUUUGGCAAAAGAUGGGUUCCUAUGUCAGACAAGAAUUUUAAGAAGUUGUGAAUCUGGGAAAUGCUGCAUGUUGCUUCAAUCUGUAGAAAAAUGUAGCGUAUUUUUUACUUUUGUACAACGUUGUUAUAGUAUGUUGAGCAUGGUCAAUAUUGUUGUACAAUUAUUCGUACACAGUGCAAAAUACCCCUUUAAUCAUUGUUCAGCAUGCUCUAUAUUUUUGAUAAGCCGUUUCCUGAACGUGUUGGUAAGUGUGACUUUUUAUUACGCAUUCCUGUAUGUGAUGUUAUUUAGGUUAUAUGAUUAUAUUAAACGUCAAUAAAAAAUGUUGAUAACACCGAACUAUUUACUGAAAAUCUACAUUAGACAUAUUCAUGAAUUUUGCAUGAUAUUUUAAUUGUGUGAAUUUAACCAACAUCUUGUGAUUACAUGGCUGAAUUCUCGUUCAUUGAGUAAUUAAUUCCUGUUUUUUAUGAAAAUCAAUGCGACGAUAAAAUCGACUAACUGUCGCGCUGGAUAUUUCCAGUUAAAAUCUAUCUAAACAGGACAAAAUAUAGGAUUGCUUAAACUG